UCUUGCCCAAUCCUGAUCAUUUUCAGUAAAAGUGUAGUGGGAUAAGAGGGUACUUAUGGAGGGGAGUAAAGCCACAGUGCUACCUUGACCGUGUAGAGCGGAGACUUUAUUUCCCAGACGUCUGUUGUUUUGACUGGUGUCUGUCGUUCAGCACAGCCAGCCACCAUGCCCACUGACGCCCAAAGCGAUGCCCGCUCCUUCCUGACUGAGGAGAUGAUUGCAGAGUUCAAGGCCGCCUUCGACAUGUUCGACACAGACGGUGGCGGUGACAUCAGCACAAAGGAGUUGGGUACCGUGAUGAGGAUGCUGGGCCAGAACCCAUCAAGGGAGGAGUUGGAUGCCAUCAUUGAGGAAGUGGAUGAGGAUGGCAGCGGUACCAUCGACUUCGAGGAGUUCUUGGUCAUGAUGGUGCAACAGUUAAAGGAGGACCAGGCUGGAAAGAGUGAAGAAGAACUAUCAGAAUGCUUCCGUAUUUUUGACAAGAACUGUGAUGGAUUCAUCGACCGAGAGGAGUUUGGAGACAUUCUUCAUCUCACUGGAGAAUCAGUCGCAGAGGAAGAUAUUGAUGAGAUGUUUGGGGAGUCAGACACAAACAAAGAUGGAAAGAUUGAUUUUGAUGAGUUUCUGAAAAUGAUGGAGAAUGUCCAGUAAUGAGACCAGCUCUACAUUCCUUGGUGACACUUCCUCAGAGAGAAUAUAGAGCACACUGCCUGAAUGGAAAUCUGUUCAGAGCAAACUCAAAGUGCUGUACAAUUAUGAAAAUGAUGUAGUUUCCCAGACGUCACAAUGGAUACAAGUGAAACGCCAUCAUCCCUUCCCCCUUCCCCUGCUCAUAUGAAACCCUGAGGCUUGGUGAGGAUAUCUAUAAAUAUCCGUUCAAACCUUUUAAGACGAUGGCACUUUCUCCCGGCCACCUCCUCAUGCAGGCCACCCAGCUGUCUAUUUGGCAGCUGCUGUUUCUCCAGAAAUGCUACACCACCAAGCUUUAAACUCCCAGCCUCCUCCCCCUCGUCCUCAAAACUGAAUCCCUCCUCCGCCCUGUCCUGUGCUUUCUAAAUAAAUCAACUCUGUCCUUCC